CCCCUCCUCCUCAUGGGUGCCUCUCGCCUAAGCCUCGUCUCCUUAUUUGGAUACUCUCUCCGCCGUAAGUACAAGUCGGCCGGCCUCUCGCCGAAAACCAUAGAGGUAGAUGCUGAAACCACCCUCCAUUUCUGGGGUCCUAAACCGAGUUCAGAAUCCACUGGGAAACCACCACUUCUUUUAAUCCAUGGUUUUGGCCCAAGUGGUAUAUUUCAAUGGCAACACCAGAUCCGACCGCUCUCCGCUCACUUCGACCUUUACGUUCCCGAUCUCAUAUUCUUUGGUAAAUCGACGACAAAGUCAUCCGAGAGAUCAGAGGUUUUCCAGGCGGUUUCUCUGGGAAAGCUGUUCGACAAGUUAGAGUUGAAACGAUUUAGUGUUAUGGGAACGAGCUAUGGUGGUAUGGUGGCGUAUCAUAUGGCGUCGAUGUGGCCGGAAAGAAUCGAGAAAGUGGUGAUUGCGAGCUCCGCCGUGAAUAUGGUACGGAAAGAUGAAGAGGAGACUCGGGAGAGAGCGAAAGUGGAGAGGAUUGAUGAACUUAUGUUGCCGAGUACGGCACCGCAGUUACGAAACUUAUUUAGACUUGCGGUCUUCAAGCCUCCUUCGAUAUUACCGAAUUUCCUGCUCAACGACCUUCUCUCCACAUUGUUUAAUGAAAAUAGAGAAGAGAAGAUGGAACUUCUCAAGGGACUGACAAUUGGAAGUGAUGACGUGGCACAUGUUUCUCCUCUCCAAGUGGAAGCCUUGAUUGUAUGGGGAGAGCAAGAUCAGAUAUUCCCAUUGAAGAAGGCUAUUGACCUUAAAGGGCUUCUUGGAGGAAAGGUUGAGUUGGAAAUAUUGAACAACACAUCACAUGUUCCCCAAAUUGAGGAUCCAAAACAAUUCAAUGCCAUUGUCAAGAAAUUCUUAUGUUGACAUUUCUAGUUCCCAAUAAUCUAUUA